AUGUAUAAUUUCCUGCGUAAGAGGCAUGAAGAUAUGGAGAAUGCAUCUCAAAUAAUAAAUUCUCUACAUCCCAUGUUUGGGAAGCAGUCUAAUCAUACAAGACAUGAUGCUACUUGUAGCUACAUGAAUUAUAAGAUAGAGAAGGAUGUCCCUGUUCUAUCUCUUGUAUUGCACAUGAUUGAGCUAAUGCAUGAGGUAGAGACACAUGGGGCAAUCAUUGAGGAGUGGACUCAAGUAACUAUGAUCCUUAAGUUGCUAUCUCCUUGCUUCAAGGAUUUUACCACAAACUAUGUGAUGAACAAGCUAGAGUUCAACAUGACUCAAUUGUUGAACGAGUUGCCCGUGUUUGAGAACCUUAACAAGCAUAAGUCCAAGGAAGGUGAAUCAAACAUUAUUGAAGCAAAAUCCAACUCUACUACUUCUUCUGAUAAGAAAAAGGAGUGGAACAAUAAGGACAACAACGGUGGCAAGCCCAAAGGCAAGAAGUCACCCAAGGCCUAG